GGCCUCACAUUGAAUCUCUUCACGGUUUCCGUUAGGUUGCCUCAGCCUCUCACGAUGCUAGUUACUGGUGCUCUGUUCAUAUUUAUUUGUUCACGGUUGGCUAUUGUCAUACAUCCAAAUCCACUACCACAGAGUAAGUGCUUUUUAAUCAAUGAUUUCCGAUCGAUAUACACUCUUGAACAUUCGGGCAACUCUGUACAUUUGGAAAAAGGCCAGAAUUUGAGUACCAUAAAAAUGUAUAACCCUACUAUCUCGAUGGUUAUGUGAUGACUUCUUUAAUCGCAGAAGUUUAUUUGUUCAUAGUACAUCAGUUUUACGCCACAAAAUAUUAUGAUAUGCUCACUGUUGCUUAAAUCGAGUUAAUAGAAAGACAUGUGCACUCUGUCAUUUCUAUUAUUUAGCUCAUUUUGAAACGCUGAAAUUGCUGGUUAAUUGGUUAGCACCUUAUGUACACAAAAUAAACUCAUAAGCCAAUUUACAAUGGCCCAGUGAAUAUUUAAUACUUUGAAAUAUCAUCAAGUGUGGAGGAAGUUAAUUCUUGGUUUUAAUCCUAUUACAGUGUCAAAUAUUUAUCAUCGAUUUAUUUUGUUGGCUUCUCAUCAGCCAACUCUUGCCCUGGUAACUAGAUGUUUUCACCCUCUCUUUUAUUUGAUUACACAACGUCGAAAAACUCCAAUACUACACAAAAUGGUGACACUUCUGGUGUUUACAAAACUACUGUCGAACACUCAAAACUGAUAGGAAGUGAGAGCACUGAAUUAGCCAAAUAUUUGACGUCUUCAGGAUCUACUGAGUAUGUGGACGCAUCUUCGCCUUCUUCGACAACAUACAUCAAUUACAGUGAGCCAGAUUCUUCUGAACACCUAUUGGCUUCCACUACCCAGUCAUCUACUAGUCUCAGUACACCCGAAACUAUUUUGACGAUAGUCACAAGUCCUUCCACCAAUGCCUUCAAUCCCUCUGAAUUUUCAACAUCCAAUAGUAAUGAGAAUAUAUUUGUUGAAAAUGCUUCAUCACCAUCAACCACGCCAUUGUAUUCAGAAGUGAAAUCAGUUGGUCGCCAGGAAGAUUUUGAUAUCUUCGAAGAUGACAGUUUUCAAUCCAUUGAUGUGUCGUCUCAUACUGAAACUACUGAUCCUGGUAGUAUGACACAGAAUUCCACUACCACGUCCGAAACUACUACAAGCCAUUCAACUACUCAGUCAACUUUGACAACAGUACAACCUAAAACCACAGUACAUAUAACAACAAUAACAACUGAUGCUUCUCAUAAUUCGACUUCAUCUACCUCCACAACAGUUAUCCCUGAAGUUAUGCCUAGUUCGACAGCUACUAAAUUUUCUAUAAAGAAUGGUACCACUUAUUGCCUUCUUUUACAAACUGAAAUGAUAUUCGAGAUUUAUUAUAAUACUGAGAAACAGACGAAAUCCUACAAAUUGUCUCAACCUAAUGCUACGGUAAUUAGUAAUGAAAGUGAAUGUACCGAAAGUUAUGCCAAAUUAUCAUUGGAUGUUACGCCAAACAAUUUAAAAGUCAAUUCUACGUGGAAGUUAACAUUUUCAUUUAUUCAUGAAGCUAAACAUAACAACAUAUCAACGCAUAAUGAUUCCGGUAUUUAUUCAUUGGAUAAAUUACAAUUCGAUUAUUACUUAGAUGAAACAUUAUUCCCAGACACUUCACCAACUACUAAGCAUGUCAGUUUGUCCAAGAAUGUUAGUGUAUUUCAAAUACCUGUCGGCUCAUACUAUUCAUGUAUAAAUGGGGAGGAAUUCGACCUGGCUGAAAAUAUAAAAAUGCCUAACAGCUGUAAAAUAUACAUGAAACAAUUCAAGGUGCAAGCAUUCAUGAAUAAUGCUAAUGAGUUGUUUUAUGGAAAUUCAAAGUCGUGUGCUUCAGAUAUUGGUGUUAACAAUGCCAUACCGAUUGGAGUCGGUGUUGCACUAAUUAUAUGCAUUGUUGUUGCUAUCACUGUAUUCGUUAUAUUUAGCAGACGUAAUCGACGAAGAUACAGCACACUUUGAAAUACAACGAAUUUCUUUCUUUAUUUUAAUGCAUUGACUUGCAUUAAAAGAGAUGGUGUAUUUCAUUCAUUCAUUCAUUCAUUCAUUCAUCCACUUAUAUGCAUAUGCGUGUGCUUUUCAGUGUGAGAAUAAAUAGAUUAAAAGUUGAAUUAUUUCCGGUUGUGUGUUAAUCAAACGACAACUGUCUUGUCUUCUCCUGUUCAAUUUCUAUUUCACCUGACCGAUGAUGAUAUUAUUGUUGACCACUCUUUGUUCUAUUGUUGUUAUUGUUACUUUUUUACAGUUGAUUGAUAAUACAGACUUUUAUAUUAACACGACAAUCACUUUUUCCUCUUACUCUCUACAUGAAUCAAUUAUGACAUACAUAGAUAUAUAUUAUGAUUCAUAAGUGAAUUUCUUAUAUUAUUCAAAUUUUUUUUCCAACUUCUAUAAAUGACACAAAAGAGAAAUUCAUUUUGUUUUUUUUUACCGCUUGAAGUAUUCCGCUUCCUCUGUUCUGUUUCUAACUUCUGUGUACUCAUAUUUCUAUAUAGCAUAUUACUAUUUGUACGAUUGGUUGUCUAAUUAAAGAUGUAAAUCAAAUAUUAUUACCGCCUUCUUUAAAAAAAUAGGGAAGAUUUUAAAAAAAUUAUAAGUAAAAGUAAAUGAAUAUUUGUUACCAACUGA